ACGCCCUGCACUACACCACACCGCCCCUGGCACUCCGAGUUCCCCACGCUCUUCACCAUUUGCAGCAGCGACAGAACAGGAUAUAAACCGAGCCAAGCAAGCUCUGUCUCUGCCGAGCUACAAGUAACGAAACCAUCUCCACAUACAGGCCGGCACGUAGCUUCCUACUCUGUAUGCAUGCCUGAAGUGGUCUAGAGGAGCAGCGGUGUUUACGUGCUGUACCUAGGAAAGGAUCGGAGAGAGAGAGGCCGGAGAUGGUGCCUCCAGCUGUCCUCCCCAAGGUGGCCGCGCAAUGGCUCUUCACGUUCCACCGCGCCGCCAGGAAGCUCAGGCGCCAGGCCUUCCAGCUCUACUACCGCAACGCCGCCGCCAAGCCGCCGCCGUCCACCGCCAAGCCGCAGCAGGGCCAUGCCGCCACCGCCAAGGGCGCCGCCAUCCUUGAUGACGCCGCCGCUGUCGCGGCGGCAGACGGGACGGUGGUGUGCGACAUGCACGGCGCGCUGCUGCGCUCCACCACGCUCUUCCCCUACUUCAUGCUCGUGGCCUUCGAGGGCGGCAGCCUGCUCCGCGCCAUGCUGCUGCUCUGCGCCUUCCCGCUCGUCUGGGCCCUCGGGGAGCGCCGCGCCGGCGCCGGCGUCCGGGUCAUGGCGCUCGUCACCUUCGCGGGGCUCAGGCCCAGGGACAUGGACCUCGUCGCCCGCGCCGUCCUGCCCAAGCACUACAUGGAGCAGCUCAACGCGCUGGUCUACGAGCGCCUGUGGCUCCCCUCGAGGAGGAAGGUGGUGGUCACCAGCGCGCCUAGGGCCAUGUCCGAGUGGUUCCUCAGGGAAUACAUGGCCGCCGACGCGGUGGUCGGCCCCCAGCUGCAGGUCGUCACGGUCGGCCGCCGCCGCUACUUCACGGGGCUGCUGACCGGGCCCACGCAGGGGACGGAGCUGAGGCAGAACGUACUGAAGGAGGCGUUCGGGGCCGAGGGUGCAAUGGCCGACGUGGGCGUCGUCAGCAACCCCAACCCGGUCGACCAUCAUUUCGCACCCUACUGCAAGGAAGUUUAUGUCGUGAGCAGAGAGAGCGCAGAGAGCGCCAAGCUACCGCGGGACAAGCACCCGAAGGCGCUCAUCUUCCACGACGGCCGCCUCGCCUUCCUCCCCACCCCCGCAUCCAUGCUCGCCUUCUUCCUCUUCCUGCCGCUCGGCGUCAUCCUCUCCGUCAUCCGCAUCAACAUCGGCAUCGUCCUCCCUUUCAAGAUCCAGCUUUUAGCCGCCGCCAUCUUCGGCCUCCGCUACCGCACCUCCGGCCUCCGCACUCCGCCGGCUGAUGGCAAGCAGCGCAGGGGCGUCCUCUACGUGUGCACGCACCGGACGCUGGUCGACCCCAUCAUGCUCUCCUCGGCUCUGCAGAAGCCCGUUCCGGCCCUGACGUACAGCCUCAGUCGGCUUUCAGAGCUGAUCGCGCCCAUCAAGACGGUGCGGCUGACGCGCGACCGCGCGCGGGACGCCGAGACGAUGUCGAGGCUGCUGAGGCAGGGCGACCUCGCGGUGUGCCCCGAGGGCACGACGUGCCGCGAGCCCUACCUGCUGCGGUUCAGCCCGCUGUUCGCGGAGCUCGCGGACGACAUGGAGCCCGUGGCGCUGGACGCGCAGGUGACGGCGCUCUACGGCACGACGGCGAGCGGGCACAAGUGGCUGGACCCCGUGGCGUUCUUCGCCAACCCGGCGCCGUCGUACCGGGUGGAGUUCCUGGGCGCGGUGCCGCGGGAGUGGACCCGCGCCGGGGGCAGGACGGGCGUGGAGGUGGCGAACUGGGUGCAGCGGCGGCUCGGCGAGGCGCUCGAGUUCGAGUGCACCGGGCUGACUCGCCGCGACAAGUACAUGAUGCUGGCCGGCAACGACGGCGUGGUCGCCAAGUAGGCAGCGCCGGGCGUGCGCUGCAACUGCAACAGCUGGGUGUGUUUUUAUGCAUACAUGCUGAGUAAAUUAUUGUGAAAAGUUAGUUACUGUAAUUUGUGUGCAAGUAAUGGAUAUUUUGGUUCUCUUGUGUAAAGAAUGUUUGAUUAGCUCCAAAGACUAAUCAAAUAGUAGAUGCUUGGAUUGAAGUUCGAAUCAAAUAGUAUAUGUUAAUUUGGUCUGAUCGUCUUGCA